CAAGGAUAUAGGAUCCUAUGCAUGUUUGGUAACAUGUAGUCAAUCACGCACUUGUUCCUUGUUCGUGUAUGGAGAUGCAGAGGGGUGGUCACAUCAUAUUCCAAAAGGCUACCGAGUUAUUGUGCUAUAUUUUAAAGGAUCGAAGAUGGAUAUAAUUAGUGGAAAGAAUGCUGGGUUUUUGAAGGGGUUGAAAAGCCUCAGGAUCUUGAGAGUGGAAUUUCCUGAUCCAUACCGGUUCUAUCCGCUUCAUCGUAUGCACAUAUUACAUAUACUAGAACAUUCUGCAGAGGACAUAAAUAUUGAGGGGUUAAAGCAACUAAGACAUCUCCACAGUAGAUAUGCAGUGCACUUAUUAGUUGAUGAAGAAGGGGUAAAAGAAAAAAUGCAGAAUCUCCAAACCCUAUGCUAUGUGCAUCUCGAUUCACGACUAGAGUUCUUACUCGACAAUGGCUACUUUCCCAACUUGAGAACACUGGGUUUACAUUCAGCAGAAAGAAAGUUAAGUUGCUUACGCCGCUUGAGCAAUCUACGUGAAUUAAAACUUGAGCAUAUGACCUCUAAAUAUGUUCCAUUAGAUAACAAUGUAUUUCCGUCAAAUCUUACCAAGAUUACCUUGUCAUGGUAUGUGGGUUUCAGCACCAAAGCCAUGAAUGCUUUGGGACAAAUCCCCACCCUUCAAAAUUUGAAAUUAUAUGAAGUGCAAUGUAUGGAAGGAUUCCUUAAUUGUGGUACUGAUGAGAGGAGCUUUCGGGAGCUUCAAGUGAUUAUCAUGAAAAAGGUGCAGGUCAAAGGUCUUACAUUAGAAGGAGGUGCAAUGCCUUGCCUUCAACGUGCAGUCUUCCAUGAGUGCCCUGGCUUGAAGUUGGAGUACCUUCCUGAACAAAUGCGUUCCUCGGGUUGCAACUUGGAGUUUUCAGAACAUGUUGAGCAACGGCGUUCUUGGGUUGUAAAAACUUGGAGUUUUCAGAACAUGAACAAGAAUAAGAAGGUGAUGAUGAUACCGAUAAUGAUGAUGAUGAUGAUGAUACCGAUGAUGAUGAAGAUGAUGAUGAUUGAUUGAUAUUGAUUAAUUUUUGGAAAAGUCUAGGGGGCCAGCAGUUUUAUUGAAUUUUGGCAUUAAUGUUCACGUCGUCGUCAUUGCUUCUUUCCCAAAAGCAGAUUCAGCAUCACUCCAUCAUAUAUCUAUCAAAGUGCAUCUAUGCAAAAGCUGGGGAGAUUCAGAAAUUGAAACACCUUGGCAGUAUUAUCAAAGUGCACUUAUUAGCAGAAGGUGAAGGAGAAACAGAC